AUGACUGCUGGUUCAGUGUGUAUCCCUCAGAUCAUACCACUGCGAGUGCCUCAGCCCGGAAAAUCCAAACAUGAAAUUGAUAGCAACACACUUUUGGAAAUUAAAUCAGACACCCCAGAUGUCAAUAUAUAUUACACCCUGGAUGGCAGCAAACCUGAAUUUCUGAAGAGAAUUGGUUAUGGUGAAAAUAAAACGUUUAAGUAUACAAAACCCAUUACUCUUCCUGAUGGAAAAAUACAAGUUAAAGCUAUGGCAGUCUCUAAAGACUGCAGACAGAGCGGCAUUGUAACGAAGGUAUUUCAGGUAGACUAUGAACCACCAAAUACAGUCUCUUCCAAAGACAGUGUUGAAAAUGUUCUCAAAGAUUCUUCAAAGCAGGAAUUGAAAAAUGGGUUUGUUGGAUCCAAAGUAAGAAAGAAAGGUAAGAAUGCGGAAAAUAAACCUGAUAAUUUCCAGAUAGGUGAAAGAACUGACCCUAAAAUUCUGAAAGAUCUUCGCUUCUCAGAGAGUCCACGGGAAAUCCUAGCUUACCAGGAAGAAUCAAGUUCUAGGCUACCCACCCACCAGUCUCAGUUCUCUAGUUUUGCACAUAUAACUGGCCAGAAGAGUUUGACAAGCACAGAGAUCAUGAGAAUUCAAAGAGCAAUGGAUUUUCUCAUGUGUACCCACUGCCUGGCCCCUCGCCCAUCUGACCCCUUUGUUCGCUUUUGUCAAGAAUGUGGCUCUCCUGUCCCACCCAUAUUUGGGUCUCGUCUCCCACCUCCAGAAGGAGCACAGAUGGGCUUAUGUGUAGAAUGUAGAAGCAUGGUACCCAUGAACACUCCCAUUUGUGUGGUGUGUGAUGCUCCUCUCACUCUGCAGCUGCAGCCCCAGGCCACCAUCCAUUUGAAGUCAAUGUGCAGUAGAGAUAAAUCCCCUGCCCCAUCCACGCAGAAAGGGGAGACCUUUUCCUGCUCCAAAUGCGGUCAGAGGAAUUACGGGGAGGCUUGCUUCUGUGAUUCGUGUGAGACCAAGCCUGGCAUUUCUGCUUGCUUCUCUGUUUGCCCUAAGUGUGGAGCUAGCAAUCACCCAUCUGCUCGAUUUUGUGGCUCCUGUGGCAUUUUUAUGGAGUCCUUGGCAAGAUUAAGCUUGGAAAACAGCCUGGCCCCGGCUACUGAAGAACCCUGGCGUUUUUCUAAGCCUCGAUCUGCCUGGUUAAAUGUUCCUUUGCCCAGAUCUGAUAUUGGGACAAAGAAAGAUGUCGGCACACAGACUAUUGGCCUGUUCUACCCAUCCAGCAAGCUACUAGCAAAGAAAGAACAGGAACUGACUUCUCAAAAACAAAGGCGGGAGAAGAUGAGUGACCACCAACCUCUCCUUACAGCCAUCAGCCCAGGAAGAGGGUACUGGAGAAAACAAUUGGAUCACAUUUCUGCUCACCUCAGGUCGUAUGCUCAGAACAACCCUGAAUUUCGGACCUUAAUUGCAGAACCCAGGAUGGGAAAGCUUAUUUCUGCUACUGUCCAUGAAGAUGGUUAUGAAGUUAGCAUCAGACUGAAUUAUAUUAAAAGUUCAAACAAGAACCAUAACUUCAACAAGAUGGUGGAUUUCAGUGACCACUUUCUAAGCAGUGUUACCGAGGGUGGUAAUGGGCUAUCCAGCAGCAGAUCCAGCGUAGUGAGUGACUACAGCCAGAGUACCUCAUAUACCACUGAAAAAGUCAAGAGGACAAAGAACUUCAAGGCCAAGACACUUCAAGAAAAGAAAGAACAGCUUAUACCUGAAAACAGACACCUGCUGAAGGAAGUCGGACCUGCAGGGGAAGGAAGAGUCUCUGUAAUUGAACAGCUACUUGAUGAAGGGGCAGAUCCCAACUGCAGUGAUAAUGAAGACCGGCCUGUUAUCAUCGUGGCUGUUAUGAACAAGCACCAUGCAGCAAUUCCAGUUCUUGUGCAGAGAGGCGCACAUGUUGACCAACAGUCAGGACUGCUCAGAAAUACAGCUCUUCAUGAAGCAACUCUGCUUGGCCUGGAAGGAAGGAAGUGCAUUGCUGCUUUACUGGGAUGCAACGCAAGCAUCCAAAAGAAGAACGUGAAAGGCCAGACAGCAUAUGACUUGGCUCUGGAAAUUGGGGAUGAUCUCAUUACCUCGCUCUUUGCUGCUAAGCAUGGCCAAGGACCCCUGGACCAACUUACUCGACCAAGGAGCCUCAGCCUAGAUGACUUUUAG